AUCGCCUCUGUGAGCAGCGCAUCAUCCUUGCCCGUUGGAAACAAUGCAGCCUCUUGGCGAGGCUAAAACGGGAUGCUUCGGGUCGCCAGGAUGAGGAGAGGAGGCAUCCGUCGGGCUGGGAUGGAGCCGCUCCCUUUAACCGCUGCCUCUCCGGCUGUGACUGGGAGCCGCCUCUCCGAGGGCAGACGAGCCCAGGAAAUGAUGGCCCCUACCUGGAAGUGUUGAAGCUCGCCUGGAGAAGGACGGGAGCGAAACGCUUGGCUGUCGGCUUUGGGCGAAGGCAGUCCCGUGAGAGAUUUGUGGGGACGGGGGAGGGGGACGACACGGGCGGUGGUGAUGAGGGACCUCCUGAGUCGACGCGUGUCUGGAGCCAGGUGUCCCUCACCUGAACAAUGGAUCUAAUAUUAAGCGAGAAGGGUGCUUCAGGCUGUCUCCAAAAUGUGACUGAAACAUUGUAGGAGCCACUACUAUGAAUACUACUGCCGUCGCCGCCACCACCUAGUCCUCUUUUCUGGUUCCUACCUGUUUCUUCUCAGACAUCCCUUAAAAGGCAAGCCACAGAGGCAGAGCACCUGGGAGAGGAAGGAAGACCCAGCUCUCUUCCUAUGCAUGGAUUUAUUGGGUCUACAUCCCUUUCCUUGAUAUGUCCUGAAAAAAACAAACAAACCUCUAGCCAUGUGCUCUUUGCAAUAACUGUGGUGGGGCUUUAAAAAAAAUUCAAAAUCUCAGUUUUCUUAAUUUAAAUAAGAAGUUUGAACCAUGAUUACAGUGAAUUCGGAUGGGAAGAUAAUGGUCAGAAGAUGUCUCGUCACCUUGAGGCCUUUUAGGAUAUUUGUGGUGGGAAUCGGAUUUUUCACUCUCUGCUUUUUAAUGACAUCACUGGGAGGUCAGUUUUCAGCCAAACGACUGGGAGACUCGCCGUUCACCAUCAGGACAGAAGUGAUGGGUGCUCUGGAGUCCAGAGGGGUGCUGAGGAAAAUGAGUGAUAUGCUGGAGAUGAUGGUGAAGAGGAUGGAUGUACUAGCCAGGCUGGAGAAUAGGACCGACUUCCGGAAAGGGGAAGAGGCCCAUUUUCCUCUGGACAGGUUCCAUCCAGCAGUUGGGCUCAUGGAGAGGAUCCAAGCAAUUGCUCAGAACGUCUCAGACAUUGCCGUGAAAGUGGAUCAGAUUCUUCGGAACAGCCUCCUAAAUGGAAAACCGAUAGAAGGCAGACGGGACCAAUGUGAGGUGCCCAGGGACCCCAAGUAUUCUGACUGCUCUGGAAAAGUGGAGUGGAUGAGGGCCAGGUGGACGUCAGACCCCUGCUAUGCAUUUUUUGGUGUGGACGGCACAGAAUGCUCAUUCCUCAUCUACCUCAGUGAAGUUGAGUGGUUUUGCCCUCUGCUGCCAUGGAGAAAUCAGACAGCAGCCACUUCUUCCACAAAGCCACCAGCUCAGGUGCAGGCGGUUUUUCAGAGGGACUUCUCCUACCUCUUGGAGCUGAUCGGCAGUGGCAAGGAGUCUUUGAUCUUCAUGAAGAAAAGGAUUAGGCACUUGGCCACACAGUGGUUAAGGGCCUCACAUAAACUGGAAGAGAAGCUGGAAGGCAAGCAGAGGGAUCAGAAACAGAUUUUAAUCCACAUUGGCUUCUUGACAGAAGAAUCCGGGGAUGUUUUCAGUCCCCGUGUGUUAAAAGGGGGGCCACUGGGAGAGAUGGUCCAGUGGGCAGAUAUUUUAGCUGUCCUUUACAUCCUGGGCCAUAGCCUGAAGAUCACCGUCUCAUUGAAAGAGCUCCAGAGUAUUUUAGGAGUGCCUCCUGGACGAGGUAACUGCCCUUUGACAGUCCCUUUGCCCUUUGACCUGAUUUACACAGACUACCAUGGACUACAGCAAAUGAAGCAGCACAUGGGCCUGUCCUUUAAGAAAUACAGAUGCCGCGUUCGAGUCAUUGACACUUUUGGGACUGAACCUGCAUACAACCAUGAGGAAUAUGCAACACUGCACGGCUACCGGACAAACUGGGGCUAUUGGAACUUGAGUCCCAAACAGUUCAUGACCAUGUUUCCUCACACACCUGACAAUUCCUUCAUGGGUUUUGUGUCUGAGGAGCUCAACGAGACGGAGAAGCAACUGAUUAAAUCCAACAAGGCCAACAGCAUGGCAGUAGUCUAUGGGAAAGAAGCCAGCAUUUGGAAGUUGCAGGGCAAAGAGAAGUUUCUAGCUAUUCUUAACAAAUACAUGGAGAUCCACGGCACUGUUUAUUAUGAAACCCAGCGGCCACCUGAAGUUCCGGCUUUUGUCAAGAAUCAUGGCCUUCUGCCACAACAUGAGUUUCAGCAGCUGCUGAGAAAGGCCAAGCUCUUCAUUGGGUUUGGUUUCCCAUAUGAAGGUCCUGCCCCUUUGGAAGCGAUAGCGAAUGGGUGUGUCUUCCUGCAGGCUCGGUUCAACCCACCUCAUAGUUCGCUCAAUCAUGAAUUUUUCAGAGGGAAGCCUACUUCGAGAGAGGUUUCCUCUCAGCAUCCCUAUGCAGAGGAUUUCAUAGGGAAGCCCCACGUCUGGACAGUAGACUACAAUAAUUCAGAGGAGUUUGAAGCUGCUAUUAAAGCCAUUAUGAGGACUAAG